AAUCAGCGCUAGCUAAGCCCCGCCUCCAGGUCCAGGAUACACUUGGUGUUUUAUGUCAGACUCUAUUCUGUUGGGAGCAAGGCCAACAACCGGCUGGCCCGGAGAAGAAGUGGCAAGUGAUGUGACACGAGGAAGGGAGAACUGACCUACUCGGAGGCUGUGGGGAAGGGAUCAGAUCACCUGGUUCACUGGCUUGUAACCAAGAACCUGCUCCUGGGCUCAGAAACUCAGCUGACGGUGACUUCUUUGUUGGUAACCUGUGCCUUCCUUUCCCUUGGAUGGUUUUUUUAUGGCCACCCGUGGAAUGCUGAGCCUCUGAUAAAGAUUUAUAGUGUUUUCCACUCCGAGACCUCCUUGUCUGCACUGAGAUGGCUGACACAGAGACUGACCAGGGACUGAACAAGAAAUUAAACUUCUCCUUUUGUGAAGAAGAUACUGAGAGUGAAGGGCAGAUGACUGCACAAGACAUCGGAGGGGCCCAGAACCAAAAGCCUGGGAGGGAAGAAAGUGAGGAGUUGGAGGGUCCGAUGCCUCCUACCAGAGAUGAACUUCAUACUUCUCUGAGCAGAGACAAGGAAAGUCCAGGUCCUGAUCUUUGGAAAUCAGUUUCAGGCCUUCCCAAAUGCCCAGAGACACCAAUAUUAUACAGCAAGAGCAAGCUGCCAGUCCCUACCAACUUCUCCACUCCCAAAAAUUUGCUGGGUCAGCCAGAGAUUUCUCUGCUAGAGAAGCUCUCCUCCCGAAGCUCUAGACAUAUGAGGCUCACACCUGCUCCCCUUAUGGAUGAGAAGACCUCUUUGUCUCUGGUCAAUAUCAAUCCGUUCACUCCGGAGACCUACAGAAAAUUACUCCUUCAAUCAAAGGGCAAGAGGAAGACCAGAGACUAUCUUGAGGAAACUGGAGAAGAGGAAAGCAAAUCAGUACAGUGGCUGCCUGCUAAGAGAAGUAUUCUACAAGAAACUAAUAUGGCUUCCCGCUAUGAAAAAGAAUUCUUCGAGGUAGAAAAAAUUGGGGUUGGAGAAUUUGGGACAGUCUACAAGUGCAUUAAGAGGCUGGAUGGAUGCAUUUAUGCAAUAAAGCGCUCUGCAAAGUCCUUUUCAGGAUUGUCAAAUGAAUUGGAUUUGCAUGAAGUUUAUGCUCAUGCAGUGCUUGGCCAUCAUCCCCAUGUGGUACGCUACUAUUCAUCAUGGAUAGAAAACGAUCAUGUGGUCAUUCAAAAUGAAUACUGCAAUGGUGGGAGCCUGCAAGCUGCUAUAUCUGAAAACACUGCGUCCAAUAAUCACUUCCAAGAGCCCAAACUCAAAGACAUCCUUCUACAGAUUUCCUUGGGACUUAAGUACAUCCACAACUCUGGCAUGGUACACCUGGACAUCAAACCCAGUAACAUCUUCAUUUGUCAUAAGAUGCAGAGUGACUCUCCUGUAGGCCCAGACGAGGCUGAAAGUGAAGCUGACUGGUUUCUCAAUGCCAGUGUGAUGUAUAAAAUUGGUGACCUGGGCCACGCGACAUCAAUCAGCAAACCUAAAGUGGAAGAAGGAGAUACUCGUUUCCUGGCUAAUGAGAUCUUGCAAGAGAAUUACCAAUACCUUCCCAAAGCAGACAUAUUUGCCUUAGGAUUAACAAUUGCAGUGGCUGCAGGAGCAGAAUCAUUGCCCAUCAAUGGUGACAUGUGGCAUCAUAUCCGCAAAGGGAACUUCCCAGAGAUUUUCCAAGAGCUCUCAGAUGACUUUUAUGGUCUACUCAAGAACAUGAUCCACCCAGCUCCAAAGGAGAGACCAUCUGCAGCAGCUCUGGCCAGAAGUCGAAUUCUCUGGCCUUUCUUGGAGAAGACCGAUGAACUCCAGAAACUACUGAAUUUGGAGAAAUCCAAGACAGCCAUACUGAAAAGAGAACUGAAAAAAGCUCGGCAUAUCCAGACCCCUCAGAGAGACAUCCACCAUUGUUAUUAUCAGAUCUACAAAGGCUCAAGACACCUACUGGUGGGAAGGAGGAGGAAGGCGCCCUCAAGCUUCACCUGUGGGACAUCCUCCGUGUAGGAACUCACUCCUGGCCUUUUGCUACACAACACAGCCUUUUGAAAACGCUUACAGGAUACAAAACUAAACCAGCUUGAAUGUACAAAGAUCUCAAAAGCCAUCAUGAUGUGGCAUCUAUAGGCAAGAUCACUGAGCUUCCAGGGUUUCUCCUUAGCAACGGUCUUGUGUAUCGUAAGUACUGGAGUCUUCUUUUCCCUAAUGAUGUAUUUCUAGAGUUGCUUACUAAAGACUCCUAAUGAAUCAUCAGAAAACCUGGCUCUGAACUGAAAGGAGAAGCAGAAAUGUGCUACUUUGGCCUAUGGAUUAAGAAGCUGCCUUUACUUAUUCUUCACUGGGGUCCAAAGAACUUUCCCUGUACAUAAAAAGGGAUAAAAUAUGGCUUUAAGUGUCAGCUUCCAAGAGAAUGUUGCCUGUAUUUCAGAGUGCUUUCCAAGAUCUGUCUGCUCCUCCAAUCACCAGCUCCUUUGAGCAAAGAAUUUGCCUACUAUACUUUCUGAAUGGAAGCAAUCUCUUUUCUGAUUUUGCAUUAUUAAAUAAAAGACUAUCAUUGUGUGAAACAACUAGAGUAAGACUAUAAUUUGGAUAUUCCUGAGCUGCUUAUUAAUUUGUGAAACAUAAUCAGCAGAGGCAGAGGACCCAGGAAGGUUGGUGUACCUGUUCCCCGUGUGUUCCCCACGUCUUAGGUCUCUAUGGCUGACUCCAAUUGCUUUUCAGUUUUUGAACAUCAUAUCAUCAUCUGGUUCUCUUCAUUUUUUUUUUAACACCAGAACUCAUCCUUUUGUUUUCUGUGCUUUUUAACAUAUUUUAAUCCAAAUCAUUGUAAAUAAAGAUUUUUAUCUUAUCCAAAGA